GGCGCGGGAGACGGGUCGGCACCUGCGGACGGCACGACAGUCUCACAACAUGGCCGCUCGCCUGCUGGUGCGUGGGACGCUCCUCUGCGUGGUCGCCGCCCUGACAUCGGGCCAGUUCUUCCACGGGCGACACAAGCGGCAGUACGGUCCACCGCGUGCCUACAGCAUCACCGAGGUCACCACUCGGCCGUCGCAGGGCGGCGGCGCCGACCCGGCGCCCACCCCCACCGGCGUGGCCAGCUAUCAGGGCUACCCGAUCCCGGCCGCUCCGCCCAUCGAGGCCGUCGACCAGCAGCUGGUGGCGGGGCCGCAGCCGACGUACUUCCAGGCGGAGACGCCGCAGCCGCAGCCGACGUACUCUCAGCCGGCCCACAAGUUCUGCACCUGA